AUGCCGGGACCGCCAAUUCCACUACAAUCGGCAUCAUCAACAGGUUCCAGUACGGAUCAGCCAUUCAAGGAAACAAUCCUACAGAUCCUGAACAACCAACAUAUGCUAUUGGCCCGAAUGGCAGAACAAAUGACGAACAUACAAGGCAACGUCCAGAGCACAAGUCGGAACGAGCUGGUUCUAGAUUCUUUAGCGAGCAAUAUUACCGAAUUCGCUUACGAUCCGGAAACGGGAUGUUCUUUCGACGCCUGGUUAUCCAGAUAUGCAGACCUCUUCGAAAAAGACGCAACUCAGCUGGACGACGACGCUAAGGUACGACUGCUGCUUCGAAAACUCAACCCUGCUGCACAUGAAAGGUACACUUCAUUCAUUCUUCCUAAGCUCUCAAAGGAGUACUCAUUUGAGCAAACGGUUGCCAAAUUAAGAACAAUUUUCGGCAGUCCAGUUUCCACUUUUCAUCGCCGGUACCAGUGCCUUCAGACGGCGAAAGAAGAGAACGAUGACUUCAUCACAUACUCCUGUAAAGUGAACCGAGCUUGUGUCGAUUUCAAGCUCCAAGAGCUGAAGGAGGACCAGUUCAAAUGUUUAAUCUUUGUGUGUGGCUUGAGAUCAUCUAAAGACGCGGACAUACGAAUGCGUCUGCUUUCUAAAAUCAAUGAGACGCAGGACAUCACACUGGAAAAGGUGGUGGAGGAGUGCAAAAGUUUAAUAAACUUGAAGCGAGACACAGUGCUAAUUGGCAGUCAGUCCAUUUCCGCCGCCGCCGCCGUUGCAACGCAUGCCGUCCGAACGAGUCCCCCCCACGGCAACCGCCGUAAGACGGAGAAGUUUGGCGGUAACAAAUCCGACAUGCCAAAAACACCGUGUUGGUCUUGCGGUGGCAUGCAUUUUUCCAGUCAAUGCAAUUUCAAGGAUCACAAAUGCCGUGAAUGUGGUCGGACUGGCCAUAAGGAGGGCUACUGUUCCUGUUUCGCGUCAAAAUCACGUUCAAAGCCGUUCAAUGAGAAGCAGCAAAACAAAAACCACGCAGCCAAAAUUGUAACCGUCAGCAAUUUGAAGCGCGGCCGGCGCUAUGUGGAGACAGCAAUUAACGGAGUACCAGUUGAACUGCAGCUGGACUCUGGCUCAGACAUAACCAUCAUAUCCAGACAAAACUGGAUCAAUGUCGGGGCCCCAAAGACAUCUCCACCGGAUUGUCAAGUGCAGACAGCUUCAGGAGACAGAUUGGGUAUAGAAGCAAUGUUCCGAGCAACGUACACUAUCGGAGGAACUCAACAGAAAGGCUCCGACCUGAUGGAUGAGUUUGGGCUCUGGGACGUACCAUUUUCGUCCUUCUGCAAGCUGGUUGGUAGCAAACAACCUGAUCAGCAGAUAUUGGAAUUAAAAGCAAAGUUCCCCGAUGUGUUUACCAAUCGUAUGGGUCUGUGCACUACAACUCAAGUGCGACUCACUCUCAAGCCGGACGCUCAGCCUGUAUUCAAACCGAAGCGACCAGUUUCAUACAACAUGGAAGCCGUUGUCGAAGAUGAACUGAAGCGACUGGAAGAUUUGGGCAUCAUCACUCCAGUCACCUAUGCGGAUUGGGCAGCACCCAUCGUGGUGGUUCGCAAACCGGACCGCUCCGUUCGUAUUUGCGCAGAUUUUUCUACUGGAUUGAAUAGUGCACUCGAAUCAAACAGCUACCCACUUCCACUCCCGGAAGACAUUUUCAAUCGAAUGGCAAAUUGCACGAUGUUUAGCCACAUCGACCUAUCCGAUGCAUACCUUCAAGUCGAGGUCGACGAAGAAAGUAGGAAGCUUAUCACGAUCAACACCCACAAGGGACUCUAUCGUUUCAACCGACUUUCCCCUGGGGUCAAGAGCGCUCCCGGCGCUUUCCAACAAAUCAUGGAUGCCAUGCUGAGUGGACUAUCAUGUACAUCUCCGUACCUCGACGACAUCCUGGUCGGUGGUCGCACCGCCGAGGAGCACAAGCAGAAUCUGUAUCGUGUUUUGCAGCGACUAAAAGAGUACGGAUUCACGGUCAAGUUCGAGAAGUGUCGUUUCUUUAUGCGUCAGGUGAAGUACCUGGGCCAGCUUCUUGAUACGGACGGUAUCCGUCCCGACCCAGACAAGAUUGAGGUUAUCGUUAACAUGCCCCCACCUCAUGAUGUUCCCACGCUUCGAUCGUACUUGGGCGCGAUUAACUAUUAUGGGAAAUAUAUCCGCGAAAUGCGCACACUUCGCCAACCGCUGGAUGAACUGCUUAAGGAAAGUAACAGUUUCCAGUGGUCUGAUGCUUGCCAGCGUUCCUUUGAUCGUUUUAAGGAAAUCCUCCAAUCACCGCUCAUGCUGACGCACUAUAAUCCUCGCCUUGAAAUAGUUGUGUCUGCAGAUGCUUCAAACGUGGGAAUUGGCGCCCGCGUCGCACACCGGUUUCCAGACGGAUCAGAGAAAGGCAUCUAUCAUGCAUCCCGAAGUUUAACUCCAGCCGAGUCCCGCUACAGCCAGAUCGAGAAAGAAGCCCUGGGUCUGGUGUACGCUGUCACAAAAUUCCACAGAAUGAUCUACGGAAGGCAUUUCGUUCUUCAGACCGAUCACAAGCCGUUGUUAGCGAUUUUCGGUUCAAAGCGUGGUAUUCCGCCAUAUACAGCAAACCGCCUCCAACGCUGGGCCCUAACCAUGCUUCUGUACGACUUCCGUAUUGAGUACAUUUCCACUGACCAUUUCGGACAUGCAGAUAUUCUCUCGCGUUUAAUUAACUCGCAUGUUAAACCCGAUGAAGAACACAUCAUUGCAUCGAUUGAGAUGGAAACAGUUAUCUGCAGCAUUGUCUGCCAGUCCAUCGAGCGUCUCCCUGUGUCGUUUAAGACGAUAUCCGCCGAGACCAGCAAGGACCGGACGUUGCAGAAAGUCGUGGAGCUCGUACAUAAAGGAUGGCCAAGUGACGCAAAAGCUCUCUCCGGAACACCAGAGGUCCAGCAGCUAUUUGCGCGUCGGGAUUCGCUAUACUUGGCGCAAAAUGUUUUGAUGUACGGUGAACGGAUUGUCAUCCCGAAGAAAUUACAACAGAAAGUCCUCGAGCAACUACACAGAGGGCACCCUGGUAUCGAUCGUAUGAGAUCAUUAGCACGCAAUUAUGUUUACUGGCCAAACAUCGAUGAUCAAAUCAUAGUCCUUGUGCGUGCUUGUCAAGAAUGUGCCUCAGUUGCGAAGGCCGACCCAAAAACGAAGCUUGAAUCGUGGCCGACACCUGAGAAACCUUGGCAGCGAGUACAUGCGGACUUUGCCGGUCCUAUUAACGACACCUAUUUCCUACUAGUUGUGGACUCAUUCUCCAAGUGGCCGGAAAUCAUUCCGACCAAACGCAUUACCACAGCUGCUACCGUUUCGAGUCUUCGCAAAAUAUUCGGAAGAUUUGGGAUGCCGGAAGUUUUGGUGACGGACAACGGCCCGCAGCUCACCAGUGACACCUUUGAAGAGUUUUGCGAGGCAAAUGGGAUCAUGCAUCUCAAAACGGCACCAUUUCACCCACAAAGCAAUGGGCAGGUGGAACGUUUUGUUGACACCUUCAAAAGGACUGUCAAGAAAAUUCAAGCAGGAGGGGAAGACCUGGAUGAAGCACUCGACAUCUUUCUCAGCUGCUACAGAUCAACACCCUGUCGGAGUGCACCUGAUGGAAAAUCACCUGCUGAAAUCCUUCUUGGCCGUCCAAUGCGAACGUCCUUAGAACUACUUCGUCCACCCAGCAAGUUCAUAAAGGACAAUAACAGCAAGCAGAACCGACAGUUCAACACAAAACAUGGUGCGAAAGAGAAGAACUUUGACGCGCAAGACAAAGUGUAUGCUCAAGUGCACCAAGGCAACAACUGGUGCUGGGUCUCUGGAAAGAUCCUGGAACGCGUAGGGCAAGUCAUGUAUAAUGUGUGGCUCCCGGAUCGGCAACGAAUAAUCCGCUCACACAGCAAUCAGCUGCGGAAACGCUAUGACGACUGCAAUGGAGUACCAGAUCAGGAAGAGCAGACUAUUCCUCUUGAUAUUCUUUUAGGCGCUUGGGGUAUUAAGCCGUCUGAAGAUGCCACUACCAUGGUAAUAGCGCCACCGCCAGCUGAACCAGAAGGAUUGAACGAAUUGCAGCGAGAGUUCUUACGAGAGCUCUUCGAGCCGGCUAGCCAGCAACGUCGUACACGAGCUCCAGUUAGGGGACCUGAUCCAGAUGAAGCGCUCCUACGUCGCUCUUCGAGACAGCGACUUGUACCGAUCCGCUACGAGCCGUACCAGCUCUACUAA